CCGUAUGCACAUCGUAUGAUAACAACGUAGUACAAUCCGCACGAUGUUCACCGCCUCUGGAUCCUCGCAGAUGCGGCAUUAUAUAUCACUGCUUGUGCACCGAUAUGUCUCAUGCGUCUCUAUCUGACCUGGUUAUUCAUUCUAUUGGUAUCAAUCUCGGUAUCUGGAAUGCCAGCUCCAGGAAAGGCGCAUAAAAAGUAUCUAACUAUUGACCGCUACAUUCCUGCCUUGAACGAAGCUGGGGCAUUCCGCGGGGCCAGCGGGGUUGCCGCUUACGAGAAAACGUUCGAGAAGUGUGUUGAAGUCGCUCUCGAUACACUCAUAUUGUGGGCGAAGGACAUGGAAAGGACUCCCCGCAAUAUUCGAGCUGCAGGCUUCAAGUUUCUGUUCGAUCCUACAACGGAAGAUGCUGACUCUGAACCCACGUUGGCCAAGUUCGAUUUUCAAAGAAUCUCGUGGGAGGACAGUACCGCGACCGCAAUUGCAGCUAAGGCGCCUCAAUUCAAAGAAAGUAUCCAGAAAGUAUUCAAGGAAAAGUUGGCGGCCUUCGAGGCUGAGUUAAGGAAGGGUACUCAGAAAGGGCCUUCGUCGGGAUCUGCAGGAUCCUGAUGAUAUUCAGACGAAUACAGGCGGGUCUGGGGACUGAACGUAGAGAAAGCGACCUAAUUAACUACUGCAGUCU